CCCAAUAGAAGCUGUUCUUCCCAUACAAAAGAAUCUACUGCCCCUUCUCUCUCCUACUCAUGAGCUCCAUGUCUUGCCAAACAACAUUCACAUGUCUUUGUUUCUUGUGAAAAAAAGAUAAAAUUAUUUCCAACUUUAUGCUUGAACUUGCUUCUCCAUUAACCAUUGCCCCUCUUUAUCCGCACCCCAAAACUCAUCUUCUACUUGGACCUAAUUGCUAUUGCUCUGAAACCAAAGCAAACCAAAGCUCUAGUUCCUCAUAAGACACCAUUCGGACGCUUCCCUCCAUUUUUUUUCCAAAGUUGGCCAUGAAUCCCAUAACCCUUUUGCUCCUUUUGCCCUUGUUUACUCAGUUUUUGGAAGUUGAGCCUGCAAGACCCAAGUUUCCAGGGAAAACCAAGUUCCCCAUCUCACAAAUCAGUGUGAUGGGUUUUGUUUAUUGUGAUUUCUGCUCCAACAACAGCUUUUCCAGACACAGUUACUUCUUGUCAGGUGCUGAGGUCAAAGUAGAUUGCAUGUUCAAAGCACUCUCAGAGAAAACAGCUGAACAGAUUUCACUUUCAGUGAACAGAACUACCAACAAGUAUGGGAUGUACAAGCUGGAAAUCCCUUCAGUGGAUGGAGUGAGAUGUGCAGAAGAUUCUGCAGUAGUGUCUUCAUGCCAAGCAAGCUUAAUAGGUAGUUCAUCCUCUGCUUGCAAUGUUCCUGGCUACAGAACCACUUCUAAUGUGAUAGCAAUCAAAGCAAGAAGAACCAAUCUCUGCAUAUACAGCUUCAAUGCUUUGAAUUUCAGACCAUCCAAGAAGGACAUCACUUUAUGUGGUAAUUAAAAGAAGUAGCUUACACAAGUAGGCCUACUAGUACUUGGUCACUUGUGUAUACAUACAAAAUCCAGAAAAUAAAAUUAUAAAAAUAAAAAAAUGAAAAAAAACUCAUAUGUUCUCUUUUUGCAGUCCAUUAAGGGCAUAGAUCUCUUCUCUCUCUCUCUCCAUUGUUUUGCUGCAUUAUUUGUUUGGUAAGACUAUUUUCGUAUCAUUCAAGUAGAGUUUGAGUGUAAGAGAUUAUUUCUUUUUGAUUUAUGCAGUUGAUUAGGUGUUGUUAACAUGUACUAGUCUGCUAGAUGUAUAUGUAUAUAUAAUUUCUCUCUUUGGAAAUUGUAGAGAGCCAGCAAGUUGUUCAACAAACAACAAUAUGAAUAAACUAGUUAAUGUUAUGUA